GAGUCGAAAGGAUGCACAUACAAAAACUCCGCAAGCAAACAUGUCCAGAGAAACGCUAAGGGAACACGGUCGGUCGUGCGUGUCCUCACCUGAACUAAACGUACUCUUCCACUAUUUAGGCGAUGAGAGGUGCAUUUCGUAUCGCCGCUCCCAUCAUCUCCACUUUGAACGCCGGUGCGUUGCGUCUCUCUCGUACCCCACCUGCUCUGCUCCUCCUCGAACGAAGCCCUCGUUCGUCCUUCCACCGCCUUUUCUCGGGUUCUCUGCCAAUGGCGAAUCGCUCGCCGCCGCCUUCUACUUCCACAACGGCGUCAGAAACCCUCGAUUCCUCUUCCUCUUCUAUGGAGAAGCAGUUCGAGGGCUUUCGCGUCCAGCUCGAGGAGUCGGGGAACGUUCGGGAGCGGAUCCGCGCGGUGGUGAUGGAGAUGGAGGGCGCUGUCCGGCUGAUGCAUUCUAGUCUUCUUCUCGUCCACCACACCCGCCCAAACCCAGAGGUCUUGGAGAAGGCUAAAGUUCAGAUCGAAGUGCUCAAGGAUCUCUUCGGUGGGCUUGCUGAGAUCCUUCGUGAAUGCCCGGGACAGUAUUACAGGUACCAUGGUGAUUGGAGGAGCGAGACCCAGGCAGCAGUAUCACUCAUUGCGUUUCUACACUGGUUGGAGACGGGCAAUCUUCUCGUUCAUGCGGAAGCUGAGAAGAAACUCGGAUUGGACAAUUCAGAAUUUGGUCUGGACAUUGAAGAUUAUCUUAUAGGAAUAUGUUUCAUGUCCAAUGAGUUGCCAAGAUAUGUGGUCAACCAAGUUACUGCUGGGGAUUAUGAUUGUCCAAAAAACGUGCUCAAGUUCUUAACCAAUCUCCAUUCUGCUUUUAGAAUGCUUAACCUACGAAAUGACUUUCUGCGCAAGAAGUUUGAUGGAAUGAAGUAUGACUUGAGAAAAGUUGAAGAGGUCUACUACGAUGUUAAGAUCAGAGGCCUCGGAUCUGGGGACACGAUGCAGGGGCAUGCCACCCAAGCUUAAUGGACUGGAGACAAUUUGGCUGCUCAAGAUGUCGCUGACAUGUAGUAAUUCCGUGCUUCAAGUGUCUUUGGAUCCAAUCCACGAGGACUGGAAAAUGAAGAGUAAGAACAAGUUAUCUAUAUACCUUCGUGGUGCUCUGGUAGCUACCAAUGAACAAUGUCAUUCAUUAUAUAGUCAGGAUCAAGUUUCUUAUGUCAA